UGUGGCUGGGCGCGGCCGGUGCGUGCUGCCCUCUCGCCAUUGCCAGCUGAGCCAGUGUUCCUCCGGGCCCUUGUGAACAUGGUGACAGUGGCUCAGGAGCUCUCGGAUUUAUCCACCUAAUCUGACGCUAUAUUGAAUUCCAGAGGAUAUAUACAAUAAUGAGAUAAAAGUAUACAUAUUCGAUAUUGUUUGUGUGUGGAGACUCGAGGUGCUGGUGAAGCAGGAUGGAGUUAAGGGUUGGCAACAAGUACCGUCUUGGACGGAAGAUAGGAAGUGGAUCCUUCGGUGACAUUUACUUAGGCACGAACAUAUCGACAGGCGAGGAGGUUGCUAUAAAGCUAGAAUGCAUCAAAACAAAACAUCCUCAGUUACACAUAGAGUCAAAAUUUUAUAAGAUGAUGGCUGGGGGAGUAGGCAUCCCAGGAAUCAAGUGGUGCGGGUCGGAAGGUGAUUACAAUGUAAUGGUAAUGGAGUUAUUAGGACCAUCGUUAGAGGACCUCUUCAACUUCUGUUCUAGAAAAUUCUCACUAAAGACAGUUUUGCUUUUGGCAGAUCAGCUUAUAACAAGGAUAGAAUACAUCCAUAGCAAGAAUUUCAUCCACCGAGACAUAAAGCCAGACAACUUUCUAAUGGGCUUGGGCAAGAAGGGGAACCUUGUUUAUAUCAUAGAUUUUGGACUAGCAAAAAAGUACAGAGAUUCACGCACACAUCAACACAUACCAUAUCGGGAAAACAAAAAUUUAACUGGCACAGCUCGGUAUGCCUCAGUCAACACUCACCUUGGAAUUGAGCAGAGCAGAAGGGAUGACUUGGAAAGUCUAGGGUAUGUUUUGAUGUACUUCAACAGAGGCUCUCUACCGUGGCAAGGCCUCAAAGCAGCAACAAAACGACAAAAAUAUGAAAGGAUCAGUGAAAAAAAGAUGCAGACACCUAUUGAGGAACUCUGCAAAGGAUUUCCUAAUGAAUUUGCAACGUACCUGAAUUUCUGCCGGUCUCUGAGGUUUGAAGAAAAGCCAGACUACAGUUACCUUAGGCAGCUCUUCCGCCAGCUCUUCCAUCGUCAGGGUUUUACAUAUGAUUAUGUCUUUGACUGGAAUAUGCUCAAAUUUGGCGGAUCUCGAAAUCAAGAAAAUGAGGUUGAACGAAGAGAUCGUCAGAGCAGCAGACCUCAAGCUACAGGCGCUACAUCUCGGAUGCGACACGACACAACCGUCGGGGGUGUUUUGCCCUCCCCAACAGCGGGUGAGUUGCGAGCCCCCCCACCACCCCCUGCUGGCUCUGCCCUUCCACUCCCUGGUCACCACACCCUCUCCUCUCGUGACCUGGAGCCCCUGAGGCCAGUGCUGCUGAAGACCUCGUGGGUUCCCAGGUCACGACCAGUCACCCAGCGCACUGGGUACCUUAACUGAGUGACUCCCUGCCGCACCUCUUGUCAUCUGCACACCAACCAGUCAGACGAAAUUCUUUGUUACCAUCACCAACACAGCUAAUUUACUGCUAUGUUGCUUUUCUCUUUAUAUAUAUUUUUUUCUCUCUCUCUUGAUUUCAAGGUAAUAUCAAUUAAUGGUUUCUCUAACUAUUACUUCAUUUUUUCUCCUUACAUCUAACAUUUCAUUCCUUCUAGAUAAUGCUAACUUAAUUGGCUUGUCUUACCUAAUUUAUAUGUAGACUUUGGUAUUAAUAGCCACUAGCGCUUCUUGUAGGUUUCUUUUUUAUUAAUGCCAGAUGAAUUGGAUUCAUGUUUCCCUGUGUUUGUAUCACUUUUUGUCCAAAAAGAAAAAUGAUUGGCACGAGGGCUAAUAUAAAGGGGCCACUAUGUACUUUUGUCUCAAGUCUUCCUACUAUUAUUUGAGAUCUGUUUUGCUACUUUCUGUAACUUACUGUAGCUCAGUGUGACACAAUUGUCUAGUAUGACCUGUAGAUAGUUAUUCAAUAAUGCUUGUUUUUCUGAUAAUGCAUCAGAGGAAAUAAGCGAUAUUGGAUUCUUCUUUUCAUCACUCUAACUGAUAUUGUCACAACUUGAGCAAAUUUAUUUCCCUAGUUAGAGAUUCUUACAUUUUGCUCUCCCCCUUACAGGGAAACCACUUGUUAUUUGAGCCUGAAGGAAACAAUAACCAUUCAAUACUCCAGGAAAUCAGUUGAUAGCAUUUAACAACCGUAGGUUAUUGUAGUGCCAAGAUUGUUCCACCUGGACUUCAGAAAAGCCGUCUUUCAGUUCAGAAACCUCUUUCAAGACCAAUUCUUCAUGUAAGCUGCACUGAAUAUUAUGCACUGAUAGAAACUUCACUGCUCCUUGUAAGCACCUUUGUAUUUUAUGGUUUUGAAAUACAACUGAUGUAAUUAUUGAAGGCAGGUCAAACGAUGAAGGUAUUUACUUGAUAUCUGAUAUCAGUGACUCUUGGACUGCAUACAUUUUUUGUAAAUAUUCGUUGCCUUUUUGUGUUGUAUAUAAAGUCAAAGGAAACAUUUCUGCUGUCUUUUUCACUUAGGUUAGGUUCUCACCAGAUUGUUUCAUCAGAAUUCAAUUGUCCUCAAACUCAUUUAUACGGCAUUCGCUACCUAGUGGUUGCGUUCAUGUAGUUUGUGUGUGUUCUUGUAUUACUUAUUCAGUGCUUGCUGUUGAACUUGUGCAUGACGUGUUGAAGAGAGACGGAUGGAUUGUAGAGUGAUAGGGCAUUUGUAUAUGUACAACAAUUGUUUUUACCAUGAUGUAUGA